UCUCUGUCCUCUCUCUGACGGCUGUGUUAUCCAGAGAUGCUGCACUCCAAGAAAACCGUGAAGUCCUUCAGCAGUGUCUCUUUAGUAAGUAUGAGCAAAACUAGGAGGACCCCCCUCACCCGUUCAGGGAUGGUUUUUCGAGAAGGAUGGGGAUCCAGUCCAGCCUUAUUCCCUCCAAUUAAAGCUGUAAGGGUCAAUGAAAGUCUUCUGGAACCCCUGAACUUAGAGAUUGACCCAGACAUCCAUUCCAUCAGGAUUCAGGAGAAAGAGGAAAUCAAGGCACUCAACAACCGCUUUGCUUCAUUCAUUAAUAAAGUGUGCUUCCUGGAACGGCAAAACAAGAUGCUGGAGACUAAGUGGUCUCUCCUGCAGGAACAAACAAGCCGCCAAACCAAACCUGAUAUUAAGUUUGAGUCCUACAUUGCUAUGCUGCGCAGACAGCUGGAUGCUCUAGGCAAUGAAAAAGUGCGUCUGGAGUCUGGCCAGCGGGACAUGAUCAGCCUGGUAGAAGACUUCAAGAGCAAGUAUGAAGAUGAAAUUAACAAACGGAUUGACUCUGACAACAAAUUUGUGCUCCUUAAAAAGGAUGCUGAUGAGGCUUAUCUGAAUAAAGUGAAACUGGAAUGUAAAUGGGACAGCCUAACAGAUGAGAUCAAGUUUCUUUGUCAGAUUUACGAGGCGGAUCGCCAUGAGCUCCUGACUCAGAUCAAGGACACAUCAGUUGUUGUAGAGAUGGACAACAGCCGAAACUUGGACAUGGACGCCAUUGUGGCUGACGUUCGUGCUCAGUAUGAGGACAUCGCCAACCGAAGCCGUGCCGAAGCAGAGAGCUGGUACAAACAUAAGUAUGAAAAAAUGCAGUUGACGGUAACCAAACAUGGGGAUGACCUGAAAAACUCAAAGGCUGAAAUCGCAGAGUACAAUCAAAGAAUUGCACGUAUACACUCUGAGAUGGAACUUGUUAAGGGACAGCAUUUAAACCAUGAGGCGCAGAUCAAAGAGGCAGAAAAACGAGGUGAACUAGCUGUGAAAGAUGCAAAACUGCGUCUGCAGGAGCUGGAAGCAGCUCUUCUCAGAGCUAAACAGGAUAUGGCUCGUCAGGUGCGUGAGUACCAGUCACUGUUGAACAUCAAACUGGCUCUGGACAUAGAGAUCGCCACCUAUAGGAAACUCCUGGAAGGAGAAGAGAGCAGACUGCAUGGUUCAUUCAAGACUCACACCAUCUCUAAUCCACACUCCUUGAACUAUGACCUUGAAAGCAGCCGCCUUACAAGUUCCUCAUCCCAAAGUAUUGGCAAGAAAACAGGCCUGGUUAUGCAGGACGUUAAGGGUGACAGUGCUAGAAGCCUCAGCAGUAGCACUGCCACCAUGACCAAAAGCACAAAGACCACCAUCUUCACCAGUGAGAAACUCAUAGCUAUGGAAGGAAGUGUGCAACUGAUGGAUAUGUCUGCAGACGAACAAGAGGAGGAUGUUUUUGAAUAACGGAAGAACAGAUGGAUUGUGCUGUGCACUGGGCCCAGGAUCAGGUUUUCAUAGGUUGGCCUCCACCCCCUCCCCUGGGCUCCAUGAGCAUGUCUAGUUUAGCUUCUGUUGCUGAGCUGUGGCAUAUAACAAAACAAAUGACUAAAUGUCUGUCACUGUGAGCACAGUCAGAAAGUAUGAGAAACAUCUUUGGUGCACUUUUCUGGUAACUAUUGAGGCCUAUAUUCAAAUAAAGUCAAUACUUGCAAAACAUAGGUGCAAGAAAUAAACAUUUUGUUCCACAUAUGUAGAAAAUUUAUCUGAAUAUAAUGCUACUUUAUCUACCAUUUUUAACGUAAAAAUAAUUGUGGGAAUUUGUAGCUAUGUACAAAGACUCCAAUUAAAUAAAUUUCUCAUACCAUUCUAAAUUGCAAAUUUUUAUUUUGUUAUUAUAUUGUUUUCACUCAUUAUUAUAAUCAUAAAUUCACUGGUUUGUGGCACAUAUGAUUUUACCGUAUAUGGUUGCACUUUGUUAGUUAUUUAUCUAUAGCAGCUGAAGAAUUUGAAGUUUUGCACAGAAAAUGGAUUUAUUCUGUGUUAAGAGUCAGCAAAAAUGCAGCAUAGAAACGAAGAUGUCAGGAUUGCACUCAUUUCUCCAGAUGACUUGUUUAAAAAAAAAAAAUUAAUAAAAUUGAUGCAUGGCAACAAAGAAAAUUUCUUUGAGCUUUCACCUUUCUGCUGCUCUUCAUAUUACUUCGAAGUUGCCUGUUUGAAUGUGAUCCUUCAUUGUACUUCCAUUCUUAGCCAGCAGGAGG